AUGUAUGAUAUCGUUACAACUAUUGAAACACUUCCGAACGAAUUAUUAAUCACAUUAUUCGAAUAUAUUUCUGGAUAUGAUUUAUACAACGCUUUUUUAAAUUUAAAUUCUCGUUUUAAUUCAAUCAUUACGGUCGUGAAAAAUCUUCAUUUCACGCUUGAAGAAGACUGGGAUAGUCAACAACGUACAAUUCCGUUUUUUGCUUCGCACAUUUCAAAAUUAAUUAUUAAACAUGAUGAACCAGUAGAUUUUUCUUUUUAUCCAAACAUUCGAUCGUUAAAGUUAUGUAUGCCAACUGGAAAUCAAUGCAAUGCAAUCGGACCAGGUCUUCUGCCCAAUCUAGAACAUUUAUGCCUAUCAAACUUAUACUUUUCAGAUAAUUCUGAACAAUUAUGUCGUCUUAUUUUUUCUACUUCACUUUCUCGUUUACAAACGUGUCAAAUCGAUAGACUGACACUUAAUGAUGAUCAUCGGUUUUCUUCAUUCUCUCUACGUCAAUUGACCAUUUCGCCGAGUGCAUGGAAAUCAAAUAUGUAUAAACAAAUAUUUGACGCAUGUCCAAAUUUAACUAAUCUGCAAAUAAUGCGCCUUCAAAAUAUAUCAUUUGAAUUACCGUCAAAUCUUACUUGUUCACAUACAUCUCUUCGACAUCUUUAUAUUCAUUUUCAUUCAAUCGGGAACGAAGGGUGUAAUCACAUCGAUUGGUUAUUAUCGAAGCUAGCAAAUUUGCAAAGUUUUACACUUAUCAUUGAUGCAAAUGAAACAAAAAUGGAGUUUCCAUUCGAUUUAUUUGCUAAUUUAUUGACUAAGCACGUACCGUAUCUAACUGAUUUUAACGCAAAAAUACCAAUAAAUAAUACUUUAUUCAAACCAUUACAUCGAUUAUUCAAUCAUAUAAAAGUCCGAAAAUCACAAAACCAAGAUUCAAAAAUGUAUCUAUUUAUAUCAUCCGAAGCAUGA